AGUUGUCGAUGCCGAUCGUGGACCCGGCUGAACUGAAGAACUCCUCUCACCUGGACUCAGACACGGAGCAGCAUGGUUGACAACGCGAGUUUGGCAACGAACUCGGCUUUGGUGAGUUUCUGCUUUUGGAGAAGUUUGGUUUUGGAACGGUUUCUUUUUCGAUGAUAGUUGCUGUCAAACUUUUUCCGGUUUUCCCACGGUCAAACUCUAAACUGUUUUUAACGCCGCCUUCAUGCGUUUUUGUGAAUGUAUUUUCUAUGUUCUGGCAGCAAAGCUUCUCGUCCAGCAGCCUCCAGGCUCCCUCCGCCUCCUCACACACCUCCUACCCCGGCAGCGGUUCGGUCCAACACAGCGGCGGCAUGAAGCUGGAGGCGGUCAUGGAGAACCUCCAGCGGCAGCAGGCGGCCCGCCUCGCGCUGGAGGAGAAGCUUCGGCAGGCGGAGAAGGGGAAGCACCUCCGCUCGAUGGUCGAGUCCCAGAUGAACCAGCAAGCCCUGGCUUUCCGACACUACCAGGCGGCAGUGCGAGGCGCAUUCGCGGCCGGAGUCGGAGGCUCCCCUCCCGGGAUGUCGCUGCCGUACAUGGAGGUCCGGAGAGCGGACGAUGACAUGAACUCCUCCGGUAAAGACGAGGACGACGCGGAAGUGCCGGGCGUCCUGGAGGAUGAUGAUGAUGAAGAAGAAGAAGAAGAAGAUGACGUCGGCUUGAGCCUCUGCCAGCAACGGCAACCCUCGCUCCAGGAAGCGUCCCCUAAGAGCGCCCCGGUGAACCACUUAUCCCGAGUCCCCGGGCCCCUGCUCCUGGCUCCGGGCCGCUGCCCCGAGUCGCCUCCUCUGCAGCCGCACGCCCAGCACCACGAGUGGACCUAUGAGGAGCAGUUCAAGCAGCUCUAUGAAUUAGACGAUGAUGAAAAGCGCAAAGAGUUUCUCGACGAUCUCUUCAGCUUCAUGCAGAAACGUGGGACUCCUGUGAAUCGGAUUCCUAUCAUGGCCAAGCAGGUGUUGGAUCUCUACAUGCUCUACAAGCUUGUCACCGAAAAAGGUGGCUUAGUGGAAGUCAUCAAUAAGAAGAUAUGGCGUGAGAUCACCAAAGGCCUUAACCUCCCUACCUCCAUAACCAGUGCAGCUUUCACGCUCCGAACACAGUAUAUGAAGUACCUUUACCCUUAUGAAUGUGAAAAGCGAGGACUGAGCUCGCCUGGUGAGCUGCAGGCAGCCAUCGACAGCAAUCGAAGAGAAGGCCGACGACAGAGUUAUGGCUCGGCCAUCUUCAGCUACUCCCCAGUGGGGACCCCGACUCUCCUGUCCUCACCAAAUAUGGAGAUGCCCUGUUUACAGAUGCCGUCCCACAGUGCCCACAGUGGCCACAUCUCGCAGGUGCCUGUCAUCAAGAAAGAGGAGUCUGUGAUGGCGGGGUACGCGGCCCCUCGUGUGACACUCCCCAUGACCCCCGGUGGUCACCACACAGCUGCUGUGGUGCAGGCCGCGGCUUUGGAGCAGCUACGGGAAAAGCUGGAGAUUGGAGAGCCGCCAGAGAAGAAGGUGAUGAUGGUGACGGAGGAGCAGCAGCGGUUGAUGCAGCACGCCCUGCAGCAGAACCUGCUGGCCAUGGCCACUCAGCUGCCGCUGACCAUCAAGCUCAACAACAGAGAUGAUAGACAAGAGAGCGCAUUGAACCUGUCUACCAGCGGCAUUAGCAGCAUCAACAUGUCAAUAGAAAUAAAUGGAGUUGUCUACACAGGCGUCCUCUUUGCUCGGCAGCUGGCCCUCGCAGGACUCGGGGGCCACCACAGCAAGCACAGCAACGGUCCGUCUCAGGGAAAGAGCAGUCCUCCGCAGUUGCAGCCCUCGUGCUCCUCCUCCUCCUCCUCCUCCUCUUCAUCAUCUUCUACCUCCUCUUUGCUUGGACACAAAAGCGCCCUGCCCUGAGCGUCCUCCUCGCUCCACUCAUUUAAACCCAUCAUUGUGUCCAAGUCGCGCCCCUCCUCCUUUUAGACUUCAUCAAUGCAGCGUGGAAGGUUUUGAUCGCCGUGGUGCGAGACUGAUUUCUGAAGAAGCAGAUCCUCCACUGAAUCUGACAGGAGCCUUCUGUCUGACACCAAAGAAGCUGGCUCCUCCAGCCAAACUACAGAAGGUCAGCACUAUCAAACCAACUGUCGUCUGGACAGGGAAACAUUUCUCCUGACGCAACUGCAGCGUCACUGCACAUCCUCACCUGACACCAGCACCACGAGACCCACCUGCAUGUCCACCCCACCUCACCAGUGUGCUCCUGACUCCACCAAGCUUCGCGUCCUUCCAUGUUCUGAGAAACACUUACCUGAUCACACCACAGGCGCUGGAGUCACGUUUCCUGUGUCACUCUCAUGUAGUCUAGUGCGCGGAGAAGGACAGAUGGACAUGAGAUGGUUCCUCUUAAAGAGCUUUAGCAGCGGUAACACAAAUCAGCAGAUGAAUAAACAACAGUGCCGUUUGUCUUCUGCAAUAUUUACAGGUGACGUGUUUAACAGCCAAAGAAGCCCUGCCAGUUCUGCUGUGCGUCUCAGGCAGGCUCUCCCUCGGUGUUGGUCUUCUGGCUAGCUGCUCCUCCCCCUCCUCAGAGCUGCCAUCACGCUCAGCUCUCCCGCCCCCCAAACUACCUGAUCAACCAGCCUACCUCCAUGUCUCCUUCACUCCUCCUCCUCCCCCUCUUCAGUCAUCAGUUCCUUGAUCAUAACUUUUGUAUAUGCACGGAAAUAUGAAGCUGGUCUCAUCUAUGACACACACAAAUAUCACUUUAGAUUAGGGAAGACUUAUUUGCCAUUAAUAAACAUAUUACUUGCUUAUUUACAGUUAAUACUUAAUGUUUACAGUGAACUUAUUGACUAUUCCCUGUAAAAUCUAGUCUGUUUUAACAAGACACAAAUCAAUACUUCAUAAUUAUUUGCUAAUAUGCUGCUAAUACACAUUUGAGUAUGUAGUUUAUUUAGAGUAAUAAUUGUUCCCUAAUCUAAAUUGCAAUAUCAUAAUGCACUCAUAAGGCUCUGUAGAACAUGUUGUAUAAUCAUAAUAUGGUUGAUAAAGCAUCAUAAAUUGUGGACUUUAUAAA